CUUUUUUAAUUUCUCUCUCUAACUUUAGCACUGUGUUUCUUUGUCUCUCUAGCUAGCUAUAGCCCAUUCUUCUCUUUGCCGUGUUCCACUUUUUUAUUUCAUUUAGAAAAUUGGUUUUCUUUUGAAUAAUUAAUCGACUCAUAUGUAGUAUCUGAUUUUUUAAUUUUUUGCGGGUGUGGCUUGUUAAAUUUCUUGAGCACAUUGGAAUGUUAGGUGUUACUAGCACUUGCAGAACAAAAAAAGAAAGAGUUGGUCUUUACAUCCCCUUUUGUGUUCAUGUUUUUUUUAUUGUUUUUCUUAGCUAAAGAAUUACUGUAUAGAUCUUGAUUUUUGGGUUUUUCCUUCUUCUUUUUUCAACGUGUACUUCCCAAAUAUAGAAAUAUGUAAAUCUUUCAAACUGCAUGGGAUUUAUUUUCAUUGAAGUAGUAGUUAAGGACUUUUAUAUAGCAUAGUUUUUAGGAUCAUUUCUUUGACACUAUUCUAUACAGAUUUUAAUGGGGACUAACAUGAACUUUGGAAGUAACCCACCGCCGUCAGGUGAUGGCGGCGGGAACAAACCGCCGGGCAAUAACCUGCUAACUAGACAGCCGUCAAUCUAUUCUCUAACCUUUGAUGAGUUUCAAAGCACUAUGGGUGGAAUAGGCAAAGAUUUUGGGUCAAUGAACAUGGAUGAAUUGUUGAGGAACAUUUGGAGUGCUGAAGAAAUUCAAACAAUGGCGUCUUCCGGUGGUGUCCUAGAGGGAAAUGGAGGGUUACAAAGGCAAGGCUCUUUGACUCUGCCAAGAACACUUAGCCAGAAAACAGUUGAUGAAGUCUGGAAAGAUAUUUCAAAGGAGUAUUCAUUGGGGAAAGACGGUAUUGGAGGUGGAGGAGGCACUAAUAAUAUGCCACAAAGGCAGCAAACUUUAGGAGAGAUGACUUUAGAGGAGUUUUUGGUGAGGGCUGGUGUGGUAAUAGAGGAUACCCAAUUGGCUGGGAAGGUUAAUAAUGAGGGGUUCUUUGGUGGGAAUAAUACUGGUUUUGAAAUUGGGUUUCAACAAGGUGGUAAAGGUCCAAAUUUGAUGGGAACUAGGAUUCCUGAUGGUGGUAACCAAAUUAAUAUUCAGGCUUCCAAUUUGCAUCCUAACGUUAAUGGAGUUAGAUCAAACCAGCACCAGUUGGCUCAGCAGCACCAACACCAACAACCAAUCUUUCCUAAGCAAACAGGGGUGGGAUAUGGAGCUCAGAUACCUUUACAAAGUGGUGGUCAGUUGGGGAGUCCUGGAAUUCGGAGUGGAAUGCAUGGGAUUGGGGAUCAGGGAAUAAGUAAUGGUCUGAUUCAGGCAGGUGCACUGCAAGGUGGAGGGAUGGGGAUGGUUGGUUUAGGAGGGGCGGUAGGUGUUGCGACCGGAUCACCUGCUAACCAGGUUUCGUCAGAUGGGAUUGGGAAGAGCAGUGGAGAUACUUCAUCAGUUUCCCCAGUUCCUUAUGUGUUUAAUGGAAGCAUGAGGGGUAGGAAAUACAGUGCGGUGGAAAAGGUUGCUGAGAGGAGGCAAAGGAGAAUGAUAAAGAACAGAGAAUCAGCUGCAAGAUCACGAGCUCGCAAGCAGGCUUAUACAAUGGAAUUGGAAGCAGAAGUUGCAAAGCUAAAAGAGGAGAAUCAAGAAUUGCGGAAGAAACAUGCAGAAAUCAUGGAAAUGCAGAAAAAUCAGGUCAUUGAGAUGGUGGAUAUGCAACAAGGAGCUAAGAAGCGAUGCCUACGAAGAACCCAGACCGGUCCUUGGUGAAAGUAAAUCAUGUUUACGAAGAAGCCUGUGAUUCGUGGUUAAAUUAUGCGUGGCAGGUAGUUGUACAUAUUUAAGUGGCAAGGAUGGUUGUUCUAUCUUUAGGUUUGGAGUGAUGAAUUAGUGCUGUAGCCUGUAGUGUAGAAUAAGGAUCUUCCAAUAUUUGCAAUAAUUUUUUUCCUGCUCCCACAAGGAUGAUGGUUCAUUUAGUUACACCAUAUCUGUAAAUUUCCGAAUAUCCCCAACAUCAAUUGAACUAAUUUGAGUUUAUUUCAUGAAAAA